UAGAAAUGGCAAAGGCUUAUGUGAAACCCAAAGAGAUGGCAGAGUUGGUCAACACACCGUCCUGGGUGGACAAAGGUCUGGGCUCUCAGAGUGAGAUGAAGGAGGCGGAGAGAAGACCAGGUGCUCUUGGGAUGCUUGGCAGCUUACCUGAAGAGCAUGACAGUAGCGAGGAAGGAGAGGAGGAAGAGGACGGGGAGAGGCCUAAGAGGAGGGGUCCCAAGAAAAAGAAGAUGACGAAAGCUCGCCUGGAGAGGUUCAAGGCUCGAAGAGUCAAGGCCAAUGCUAGAGAACGGACCCGGAUGCACGGCCUGAAUGACGCCCUGGACAACCUGAGGAGAGUCAUGCCAUGUUAUUCUAAGACCCAAAAGCUCUCCAAGAUAGAAACUCUGAGACUGGCCAGGAACUAUAUUUGGGCUUUGUCUGAGGUCCUGGAAACUGGCCAGACACCUGAAGGUAAGGGCUUUGUGGAGAUGCUCUGUAAAGGGCUCUCUCAGCCCACAAGCAAUCUGGUGGCUGGAUGCCUCCAACUGGGCCCUCAGUCUGUCCUCCUGGAGAAGCAUGAGGAGAAAUCUCCUGUUUGUGACUCUGCCAUCUCUGUUCACAACUUCAACUAUCAGUCUCCCGGGCUCCCCAGCCCUCCUUAUGGCCAUAUGGAAACACAUAUUAUUAAUCUCAAACCCCCAGUAUUCAAGAGUUUGGGAGAGUCAUCCUUUGGGAGUCAACCUCCUGACUGCAGCACACCACCUUAUGAGGGCCCACUUACUCCACCCCUGAGCAUCAGUGGGAACUUCUCCUUGAAGCAAGAUGGCUCUCCUGAUCUGGAUAAAUCCUACAGCUUCAUGCCACAUUACCCCUCUGCAAGUCUCAGCUCAGGGCAUGUGCACUCAACUCCCUUUCAGGCUGGUACCCCUCGCUAUGAUAUUCCCAUAGAUAUGUCCUAUGAUUCCUACCCCCACCAUGGCAUUGGGGCUCAACUCAAUACAAUCUUCACUGAUUAG